CGCACACGUGUUGUCCUCCACCUCCAUCUCGCCCGAAUGUCUGCCUUGGCGGACAUUCGCAUCGCCUUCCCCUUGCUAGUCACCACUCGCUUGGCCCUUACCCAGACUUCUCUUCCCGAUGCAUUGAAGCACUCUGCUCUUCUCUCCUCCCCGCUGACCUCGUAUUCACAUCUACAGGAGGGAAUCUAUCUAUAUAAUCUUGGCGUGAACCCGUACUCUGGAGGGGUGUUCCACCAUUCCCCUCUGCUGCUUUCGCUCUUCACGACGAUACUGCCCAAGUCGCGAUGGGCAGCUCAUUUGCUAUGGACAACUGCCGAUGCGAUAGCAGCGUGGGCGCUUGUAACAAUAUGGAGGCGAAGACAAGGGAUCGCCGAGAGCUCGAGGGACUGGCUGGUGGCUGCAUCGUACCUCCUGAACCCAUAUAUCUUCCUCCCAACAAUAGCCUUAUCCUCAUCCUCCCUUGAGAACGCGCUGGCGCUGCUAGCGCUCAUGUUCGCGUCCCGAGGCAAAGCUUCGGCCGCAAUACUCAGCCUCGCCGUUUUGUUGCAAUUGUCAUUGUCAUCUCUACUGAUAAUUGCACCGACGUUGCUGCUGCUCAUCACCUCACCAACAUCCCAGUUGGCGUCCCCUCAAGUGUACAAGCCCGACGUUAGCAGGUUAUUACCGCUCGUCGCCGAAUUGACAGCGUAUACGACCUUCUUGACCGCCACCUCUGCUCUGGUUGCCGGCGGAUGGUCAUGGGUGCCGCAGACGUGGGGUGUGAGCCUUACUCUCCCUGAUUUGACGCCAAAUCCCGGAUUAUGGUGGUACUUCUUCACGGAAAUGUUCGACCACUUCCGGCCGUUCUUCUUGAUGGUCUUCUCGGUCCAUCUGCUCAUCUACAUUGCACCUCUGUGCAUAAAAUUCCAGCACGACAUGCUCUACGCGGCAUUCCUGCUCAUUGGUGUGCUCGGGACUUUCAAGGCGUACCCAACGCUUUCCGACCCUGGCCUCUACAUCUCCAUGCACGCGCUGUUCCCGGAAGUAUAUCCUCACUUCCGACACCCAAUUGUCACCGCUUUACUACACCUACACGCCGCCCUCCUCAUGCCCAUGUUCCAUCACUUGUGGUUAGCCCAGGGUACCGGGAACGCGAAUUUCUUCUACGCUUCAACGCUGGUGUUCGCGUGUGCGAAUGGGGCUGCGCUGAUCGAGGGAGUCUGGGCUGGGUUGAGGAUAGCGAUAGGCCCUGAAAGAGAGGGAUACUCAGUAUCGCAGGAGUAGUGUAACUGAGAAUAACAGCGAGCC